AUGGGUGCAGCCCAGCAGAACCGCCCGGAGGACCUCGACGACCGCUGUCUCGCCAAGUACGGCGUCCUCGACAACCGGUUCGGCCAGAACCCGUGCGAGGUCGCCCGCGUCCUGCUCGACAUGUGCGCCCCGCAGGCCUACUACUCGCUGCCUGCACUCGACGUCGUCGCGAACCAGACGCACUACCCGUCCCCGAACCCGUACCAGGCGACCGAGUGCCAGUGCUCGAUGGGCGUGUACAACCUCUUGCAGGGUUGUGCGGCGUGCCAGCAAGAGGCGCCGUACCAGUCGACCCUGUGGACCGACUGGGUUGCCAACUGCACCAUGAGCAACAUCAACGGCGGCCAGGUGUUCCCGUACGCGUGCCCGGGCGACGUCGAGAUCCCGCCGUGGGCCUGGCAGAACAACGCCAACGGAGCGCUCUCGGUCGGCCAGAUCUUCCGCAACGCCUACGGCAACCCGCAGACGUCCUUGUCCUCGUCGUCGACGACGUCUCCGCCAGCAACCGCCACGUCCGACUACACCGAGUUGUCGGGCAAGCAGACGGUCACGAGCGUGCCUGCGGGCGACAUCUCGGACGAGCAGGCCGAGCGCAACACGGACAAGUCGGUCAUGGCUGCGCUCCUCGCCGUCCUGAUCCCUGUCGUCGUCAUCACGCUCGUCGUCGUCGGUGUGUGCGUCUACCUGCGCAAAAAGCGGCGCCGGUUCCGCGGUCGCGGGCACAAGCUCGACUCGUCGGCCGAGCUGCCCGAGCACGGCGCCCACCACCUGUACGACGGCUCGGACGCCACCUCGUCGACUGCCGGCUUCAGCAGCAGCACGGCCGGCGGCGCCGGCGCCGGCGCCAGCGGCUUCAUGAAGCAGAAGGACUCAGGCGUGUCGGUCUUUGCGGCCCGGCCGGCAGCUCCGCAACGGUCGUCGACGGCGCGCAGCUUCACGACCAACUCGGUGUCGACGGGCGUGCCUGUCGGCGCGUACGGCGACCGCCUCGGCUACCGCGAGUCGACCCUGUACUCGGCGUCGACCGGGUUCGACACGCUCACGCGCUCGAGCGCGUUCAGCUACGACCCGAGCGGCGACUCGUACCGCGACCACGACGACGCGUCGCUUGCCGACACGACGGCGCACCGCCACCUCGACGACGACGACGAGUCGAUCUCGCCAUUCGCCGACAUCCACCGUCCUGCCCCCUCCCUCACCACGACGCGCGACAACAUCCACUCGGCGCCGCACGCCCCGGCGUCGUCAUCGUCGGCCUACGCGCGCUCGUUCUCGACCUUUUCGCUCAGCGCGAGCACGACGCGCUCGUCGACCGGCGGCGGCGGAGGCGGCGGCGGCGAUGGGCCGGUGGUCGGGUCGUCGCGCACGACGCUCGAGCCCGACGCGGCGUCGUUGCGCACGACGGCGAGCUCGCAGGGCGCGCCGCCGAGCAGCAGUGGGGCGACGUAUGGCGGGGCGCGCGAGGACGAAGAGGACGGCGACGACGACGAGGGCUUGAGCGAGCGGGGCUCGCUAAGGCGGUAGUUUGAGGGCUCUCUCCUUCUCUCUUCUCCAGACACUCCCCCCUCUCUCACUCUUUCUUGUUGUCCUGCAUGCGAGGGAUGUACACACGCGAGGGCGCACGGACGCUCUCUCUUCUCCCCCCUCCUCCCCUCCUCUUCUUGCUUAGCUUGUCCCCUCGCGCUCUCUCCCCGUCUGUGCCGAUGUUGUCCUGUACCUAGUCGAUCCUGCGC